AUGCUCAGGUGGACAGCCCAGGGCUUGACGAACCACCUCUUGCGCUCGAACCUGCAGGACCUGGUGGCCGUCCGGGCCUACGACACGGUGCUUCGCGGCCUCUGGAAUGACAUCCUGGGCGUCGACAUGACCGAUCGGGAGUGGGUGCAGUCCUGUUUGCCCCUCCGGGAUGGCGGUCUCACGGCAGGCGUGGCCGAGCCUCGGCGGGAGGCGGCGCACAUCGCCGCGUGGCUCGACGCUGCUCCGCGGGUCGCGGCGGCGCUUGGGGCCACCUGCGCCGAGGCUCUCCUCGCCACGGGCGCUGCGGGUACGCAGGGAUUUGAAGCCGCUGUGGUGAUGUACAACGCUUCGGUCGGCGCAGCCCACUGCCUGCAGACGUCGCUGGCCCAGAGAGAGCGCCACAGACAGAAGGACCUGGUGGGCCCGCGGAUGGAAGUGAUUGCAGGCCUCGCCAAAGCUGGCCUGGACCACCACCAGCGCGGUCGCCUGCUGUCCGCGGGGGGCCCGGGGACUGGCGCUUUCACCACGUUGCCGACUAAGCCUGAACACAGGAUGCAUCCUGAGCUGUACCGCAUCGCGUUGCGGCGGCGCCUUCUGAUGACGGGCGCAAUGCUGCUGCGCGAACUGGAACCGCAGACGCACUGCGCCGCGUGGCGCGACACGAUCGCAUUCGCGACCUGCUGGCCCGCUGGCUUGCCCGGGCGCGUCCCAGCAUGGGUCCAGAAGGAGCAGACUAUGCCCCAGUGGCAGAGGACCCGCCGAUCCGUCAUGGAUGGUGUCGAGACGGCGCGCGUCGAGACGGCGGUCCUUGACGUCGUCUGGGCCCGCCAGGGCGCCGCGAAAGCGGUGGACGUGGUCGUGGUUAGCCCGGACAGUACUGACGCGAGGAAGGAGCGCGCUCGGGCUGAGAAGCCUAGCCUUGCAGCGGAGGACACGGCCCGCGAGAAGCGGCGCCGGUACCCGCCGGGGCCUACGACGCCUUUGCUCAUUCCUUUUGCGAUCGAGACUGGUGGACGAGUGGGCUCUGCUGCGAGACAGCUGAUUCUGGAUCACCUGGACCGCUCUGACGGAGAGGCAGGAGCGUCUGCCGAUGCCGUCGCUUUCUGGCACGAGCUCAGUGCUGUUCUGCAAACGGCGGUUGCUGAGCAGUUGUUCAGCGCCCACAAGCCCCCUGUCGUCGGGGGCGGGCGCUGA